CCCUGAUGGCAUCGAUAUAUAUUUUGACAAUGUUGGUGGUGAAAUGCUUGAGGCUGUGCUCAACCACGUUAACAAGCAUGCACGGAUUCCAAUCUGUGGCAUGAUAUCUCAAUAUAAGAAGAAAUGGACGGACAGAGAUGGGGUAAGAAAUCUCCUGAAUAUUGUAGGUAAAGAGAUAAGGAUGGAAGGGUUUUUGGUGGGUUCAUAUUUGGAUCGUUUUGGGGAUUUUGCAAAGGAAAUGGAGAGCUACAUAAAAGAGGGCAAGAUUAGUUCCAAGUACACAAUCUACCAUGGAAUCGAGAGCUACUUGGAGAGCUUAGGCUCCCUCUUCACAAGCACUAAUAUUGGGAAAGUUGUGAUUGAAUUCAAAUGAUAAUAUGAACAUUAUCAACUCUAUUUUCCUC